AACAGUGAUGGAAAACACAUGAGCAGUAACAAGUUUUAAUCUCGCCCCUUAGUACUACCAUGGGCUAAUCUGUGGAAGCAGUGUAUUCUGGUGUCGGCCAGGGCGCAGCCACAGCAAGCUCCGGAGCAGUGUGUUCCUCCGUUCAUGUGACCCCUUCUCACCUCUCCUUCCCCAGCACCUGGGAGCAGUGACACUACAAAGACGCAGUACGUGCUGGGAGCUUCUGCGCAAGAGGACUGACCCUCUUCUUACAAGUCGUAGGCUGGGCCCUGACACGAGACGAUAUGAAGGAGUGCGUGUUCCUCGUGCUCCUGGUGUUGUGCUCUGCCAAGCCAUCAUCUCGUCCUUCAUACAUGAUGCUGAAGAACAUGAUGUUGAAGGACACGGAAGAUGAAAUGGAUGGCGACCCUGAUGAUGACAACUCUCUUUUUCCAACAAGAGAGCCAAUUAACCCCUUCUUCCCCUUUGAUCUGUUCCCAACAUGUCCAUUUGGAUGCCAGUGCUACUCAAGAGUUGUACACUGCUCUGAUCUAGGUUUGUCCUCCGUCCCAAGCAACAUUCCAUUUGAUACUCAAAUGAUUGAUCUUCAAAACAAUAAAAUUAAGGAAAUCAAAGAAAAUGAUUUUAAAGGACUCACUUCACUUUACGCUUUGAUUCUGAACAACAAUAAGCUAACAAAGAUUCACCCAAAAGCCUUUCUAACCACAAAGAAGUUGAGGAGGCUCUAUCUGUCCCACAAUCAACUAAGCGAAAUACCAUUUAAUCUUCCUAAGUCACUAGCAGAACUCAGAAUUCAUGAUAACAAAGUUAAGAAAAUACAAAAGGAGACAUUCAAAGGAAUGAAUACUUUACAUGUUCUAGAAAUGAGCGCAAACCCUCUGGAUAAUAAUGGGAUUGAACCAGGGGCAUUUGAAGGAGUGACAGUGUUCCAUAUCAGAAUUGCAGAAGCAAAACUCACCUCAAUUCCUAAAGAACUACCAUCAACUUUACUGGAGCUUCACUUAGACUAUAAUAAAAUUUCAACUGUGGAACUCGAGGAUUUUAAACGCUAUAAAGACCUGCAAAGGCUGGGCCUCGGAAACAACAGAAUCGCAGAUAUCGAAAAUGGAAGUCUUGCUAAUAUACCACGAGUCAGAGAAAUACACUUGGAGAAUAACAAACUGAAGAAAAUCCCGUCAGGAUUACAGGAGCUCAAGUACCUGCAGAUAAUCUUCCUUCACUCUAAUUCAAUUACAAAAGUGGGAGUGAAUGACUUCUGCCCAACAGUACCGAAGAUGAAGAAAUCUUUAUACAGUGCGAUAAGUUUAUCCAACAAUCCGGUGAGGUACUGGGAAGUGCAGCCUGCAACUUUCCGCUGUGUUGUGAGCAGAAUGAGCGUUCAGCUCGGGAACUUCAGAAAGUAGUAAUUAGUAAUAUCCAUUUAAUAUAAAAUUUAAGAAGUGUUACAUUUGGAAUACUUGAACUCUAUUAAAAAUGGUGGUAUUAUGCAAACAAGCAAAAACUAUUCCUAAAUGGUAAGUCUGACUUACUUUAUGACAAAAAAUUUCAACAGAAUUUUGCAAAACUAUUGCUACAUCAGGAUCAAGAGAAACAAGCAUCUACUGCAGUUUCCUUUUGUAUACAAAUGAUUUUGUAUAAAUCAUAUGCUUGAACAUUCUUUUCUCAGUAACAAAAAAAAUAACACAUUCAGUUUUUAACACUUUGUUAUCAAGUGCAUUUAAAAAAGAACUGUACUGUAAUUGGAAUGCUUGACUUAGCAAAAUUUGUGCUCUUUUAUUUGCUGUUAUGUUAGCAAACCAAGAUUGACAAGAAUGGUUACGAGAAGAGUACAUUACACUCUUCUUAUUCUUUCUUUAAUAACUCGAGUAGUACUGUAAUACUUCUUUCUGUUAAUGUUGAAGUAUGGUUUCAUAUAAUCUUAUUCACAUUCUCCUAUCUUAGAGCUUUACUGUCUUUAUGUUAAACUCCUUAUAAUAAGGCCUUCCGUGUUUAUUAUCAAUUUGACAGAUGCUAUUCAUAACAUCUGGUUUCAGAUUAUAGCACAAAGUUUUUUUAAUUUAAUUAUUAUUACCUGAUUAUAAAACCUCCAUAAAAAUACAUGAGUGUUUAUAUAAAAUCUGUAAUUCACAGUCUUUAUUAUCUCAGUUAUUAUAAGCUUUCAACAAUACGUUAAUUGUUGGGUCAUAGGGCAAUGUCACCUCAAAGCUAAGUACUUUCAAGAUGUCCCUUGUAAGACCUUGGCUGGAGGAGUCUAGACAUUGUCCAUUCUACACAAAUUGUCUACUCAAGUAUGAUAAAGGAAACAACUCUGUAAACACAACUGAUACAACUGUACAGAGUACGAAGCAAAACACAAAGAAACUAAAGGUCUAUAUAAAAGCUAAGAGUAUCCUAUGUAUUUUUUAUUUACAUUCAACAUAGGCAGAACUAGAAAAUUAAAAAAAAAUUAAAAUAUUGGCUUGAAAUAAAA